AUGCUAACGUUGUCGCGCAUUCAGGUUCGAAUUAGAUGCGCGGAUUCAGCAUGUACAGACUUCGAUCUUUGUGUCUCUUGUUUCGCCAAGGGAGAAUCGCGCAACGCACACGACCCCGCGACCCACGCCUUCCGCGUUAUUGAACAAAACUCGUUUCCAAUUUUCGACGACGAAUGGGGCGCAGACGAAGAAUUGCUUUUAAUCGAGGGCGCCGAGAUUUACGGACUCGGGUCCUGGGCGGACAUCUCGGAUCACAUUGGCGGUUUUCGUCAGAAGGACGAAGUUCGCGACCAUUACCUCAAGACAUACGUCGAGUCCCCGCGCUUCCCACUCCCAAAGCGCUGCAGCCCUCAUGACAACGAGUUGGCCAGCGAGAUCCCCCGAGAAGAAUUUCAGGCCCGUAAAAAGCGCAGGAUUGAAGAGCGCCGUGAGGCUGCCAAGAAUGCGCCGGCCUUACAACCUAAGACGAAACCGACGGCCUCUGUGCCCAGCUGUCACGAAAUCCAGGGAUACAUGCCCGGUCGCUUAGAAUUCGAAACAGAGCACGCCAACGACGCCGAAGAAGCGGUGCAACUGAUGCAAUUUGACCCUGGUGAUGGGCUGAACCCCAAAACAGGAGAGCUUGAGCCCGAGAUGGAACUGAAGCUCACCGUCAUGGAAGUGUAUAACUGUCGACUUACGCAGCGAGUGGAUCGCAAAAAGGUCAUUUUCGAGCACAACUUGCUUGACUACAGAGAAAAUUCAAAGCUAGAAAAGAAGAGGACCAAGGAGGAAAGGGACCUGAUUCAAAAAGCAAAGCCCUUUGCGCGUAUGAUGAAUUGCAAAGACUUUGACGAUCUUUGCCAAGGGCUUGUUGACGAGCAAAACCUCAGACAAGCCAUUGCACAACUACAAGAAUGGCGCAGUCUCAAAAUUGGUGACCUGCGCAGUGGAGAGAAUUACGAGGCAGAAAAGGCCGCCAGAAUACAAAAGUCAAUACCUAUGGGCUCCAUGGAUCGCGAGCGUCUCGCAUCUACGCAACGCAAUAAGCAAGCAGCGCCGCCCGAGCCGCCCAGCGGCGCUGCCCUUCUUGUCGCGCCGGAGCUGCCUGAACACAUCAACCAGGGGACCGCAGACGGUGACAGCAAGUCGCUCGCCAAUGGACAGACCAAUGGCGUUGUGACUAAUGGCCACGCACCACCAACACGACCAAAAUAUGUCCCUCAGCCGAUAUCGGGCGUGCAGUCGCUCCACCUCACCCAGGACAAUGCUCCGGAUCUACACCUACUCACGGCCGACGAGGCGAAGUUGUGCGAAGUGAUUCGCUUGCAGCCCAAGCCCUACCUGAUGAUCAAAGAACAGAUUUUGAAAGAGGCCAUAAAGGGGAACGGAUCUCUGAAGAAGAAGCAGGCUAAGGAUAUCUGUCGACUAGAUUCGCAAAAGGGAGCAAGGAUUUUUGACUUUUUCGUCAAUGCAGGCUGGGUCGGGAAAGCGUGA